GUCGCUUGCCGAUUGUGAGAAAAGUAAGGAGGUAUUAUUAUGUCGGAGGUAUUCAAACUGGGUGAUCUUGUAUGGGCGAAGAUGAAAGGAUUUUCGCCUUGGCCAGGUCGGGUGUCUAAUCCUUCAAAGGACUUAAAGAAACCAACAAAUACUAAGAAGGGGCCAGUUCAGUGUAUUUUCUUCUUUGGAACAAAUAAUUACGCAUGGAUAGAGGAAUCUAAUAUAAAACCAUAUCUAGAAUACAAAGAUACUCUUGUAAAGUCUAGUAAAUCUGGUGCAUUUAAAGAUGCAGUAGAAGCAAUAGAGGAAUUUAUUGCUAAUGGAGAGGUAUUUGAAGAUGGCUUAGAUCCAGACUCCUUGUUCGACAGACUUAAAGAAGAAAGUAUAUCUGAGAAGAAGAAUAUUGUAAAAACACCUAAACCUCGUAAGGAAACACCAAAAACUAAAAGAUUGGACUCUAGUGCAAGUGAUGCUCGUCGUCCUGCCAAAAAACAGCGAAGAGAAUCAAGUACAAGUAACAGUAAUAGGGUUGGCAGCAUUAGUCCAGCAUUAAAUCAUUCAACACCACUCAGGAAAUCAGGAUCAACUCUUCUUAACAGGCCCGCAAAUAUUGCUAGACCUGUGACACCGCCUUUGGACGUGGAAACAUUGUCACAAACGCUUAAAGAAAAAAACAUCCUUCCAUCAACCUUGAAAUUUGGAUUCCUUGGUUUGGGAAUCAUGGGAAGCGGCAUCGUAAAAAACCUGAUCAACAGUGGGCACAGCGUAAUUGUGUGGAAUCGGACACAGGAGAAGUCUCCAUGGCAUCUUAAGGUGUCUAAUCCUUCAAAGGACUUAAAGAAACCAACAAAUACUAAGAAGGGGCCAGUUCAGUGUAUUUUCUUCUUUGGAACAAAUAAUUACGCAUGGAUAGAGGAAUCUAAUAUAAAACCAUAUCUAGAAUACAAAGAUACUCUUGUAAAGUCUAGUAAAUCUGGUGCAUUUAAAGAUGCAGUAGAAGCAAUAGAGGAAUUUAUUGCUAAUGGAGAGGUAUUUGAAGAUGGCUUAGAUCCAGACUCCUUGUUCGACAGACUUAAAGAAGAAAGUAUAUCUGAGAAGAAGAAUAUUGUAAAAACACCUAAACCUCGUAAGGAAACACCAAAAACUAAAAGAUUGGACUCUAGUGCAAGUGAUGCUCGUCGUCCUGCCAAAAAACAGCGAAGAGAAUCAAGUACAAGUAACAGUAAUAGGGUUGGCAGCAUUAGUCCAGCAUUAAAUCAUUCAACACCACUCAGGAAAUCAGGAUCAACUCUUCUUAACAGGCCCGCAAAUAUUGCUAGACCUGUGACACCGCCUUUGGACGUGGAAACAUUGUCACAAACGCUUAAAGAAAAAAACAUCCUUCCAUCAACCUUGAAAUUUGGAUUCCUUGGUUUGGGAAUCAUGGGAAGCGGCAUCGUAAAAAACCUGAUCAACAGUGGGCACAGCGUAAUUGUGUGGAAUCGGACACAGGAGAAGUGUGCAGAUUUUGUAAAGGCUGGAGCAGAGCAAGGUUUAACGCCAUCCGACGUGGUGCUCGCUGCAGAUAUUACAUUCUCUUGCGUGGCUGAUCCUCAAGCUGCCAAGGAUAUGGUGUUUGGAAACUGCGGGGUUCUUACAGAAAUAUCGCCGGAGAAAGGAUACGUUGAGAUGACAGGUAUAGAUGCAGAAACUUCGCAAGAUAUUGCCGAGGCAAUAACUGCGAAAGGUGGCCGUUAUUUGGAGGCCCAGGUACAGGGUAGCAAAACACAGGCGCAGGAGGGUACACUAGUGAUCCUUGCGGCUGGUGAUCGAACUUUAUUCGACGAAUGUCAAUCUUGCUUUGAAGCAAUGGGGAAAAAUAGUUUUUAUCUCGGCGAGGUCGGCAAUGCAUCGAAAAUGAAUCUCGUGCUUCAGUUGAUGGCCGGUGUGACUCUUGCUGGUUUAGCGGAGAGCAUGGCUUUAGCUGAUAGAGCAGGUCUUCAACAAAAGGACGUACUCGAGGUUCUGGAAUUAACAUCAUUGGCUUGUCCUGCCAUUUUGGACAAAGGAAAAGCCAUCAUCGAGGGUGGUUUUCCAACACAGUUACCACUUCAACACAUGCAAAAAGACUUAAGACUUUCUUUAGGUAUGAGCGAUCAAUUAGAACAGCCAUUACCGCUAGCUGCAGCGGCGAACGAAGUUUACAAACACGCUAAACGCCUUGGUUACGGUGAACACGAUGCCUCCGCUGUUUACAUCAGAGCCAGGUUCUAACGGAGCAUGCAUCGUCAAGCUUUUGCUAUACCAUAUUUAUUGCAAUAUCUAACGUUGUUUCCCGUCGCUACCAGAGAAGAGUAGUGCGCUAUUUGUCGAAGAAAUAGUGGAGAACCACUAUGAAUCGUUAAAAAUGAUGCACCGUGAUAUUUCGUAGCAUUGUAUAAUUAUCAAAAUAGAAGAUUUUAUUACUUCUAAAACCAAUGCAAUCUCGAAUCCGAUGGAUUCGAAUGCGCAUAGUAAGCGGUAAAAACGAUGUAUACAGGCCUCAUCGUUCAUUUAAUGCGAUGAAUAUGUAAACUGUAAAUGUGUAUGUACUUUCUUUUUUACACGUUUUUUUCAAGAAAACACUUUGUGUAUACAUUGGCGAAUGAUCUUCCUUUUUUUUUUUUUCGUUCAAUUGUAACGCAUGGCGACUACUUUUCUCGAUAACAGCGUGGAUCUUGAAUAGUCGAUCUCUCGAGUCGCUUUCGGACUUCGAUCCCGUAAAACACACCCCUCGCUUAAAAACUUUAGAGACUUGGGACGUGUCGAAAAUGUGCCUUACGAUAUUAUUUGAAGCAAGGCUUUUUAAUUUUUUUUUUUUUUUUUUUUUAUUAGGCUGCACGACGAAUACUUUGACCAUUUUUUAAGCAAGUAGAUACAACUGAAAUCAGUUUUCAUGCUAACAAUUAACGGGACGAUGUAUAAGAGAACGACAGUUGUUAGAAAUAAAGAAAUGACAAAGAUAGAUUAUACGCUUUAUUGGUGCAAUUAUAAGAUAGAAUUCAGCGGAACAAUGUUCUCGGUCUUGUAAAGAAAUUCUGGCAGUAUUUUAGAAGCGUCCAUUGAAUGGAACGAACAGAUGACGGAAAAUGGUGACCAGCAUUUUCUUACGGUUUUUCCUUCAAACGUUUAUUCUACUUCGAUGUCGAAAGGAAACUUAUACAUUUUAUUGUUUCGCGCAUACAACGACAAAUUGUAAAAGAUUAUUUAUAAAUGUUUAUCACUCUCUCGCGACGCGAGCGCACACAGAAAAGCGAAGAAGAACGUACUGGCCAAUUUUCCUCGUCGAAGUUAUUCGUCCUGGGAAACUUCUGAUAUAUCGCUGCGAAAAUUUCAGAUUUGACUAGCAAUUAGAGAUGUUUCUGCGCAUAGCGCAACUUCUGUUUUUUGUUUUUGUCGACGUGGCUGUUAAGGCAUUAUGCCGAAAACAGCGCGAGAUUAUUCUAUCUUAGCGUCAUUAUAAAAAGUGAAAACAAAUAAGAAAAUACUAAGUGUUGAUUAGUAUAUACGUACGUUAUGAUAUAUAGAAGAGGCUUUCCGGACCUAACGAGUGUCCCUUUAAUCAUUAACUGUUAAGAUAAAUCGAUCUUAACUGAUAAGGUCAAGGAUAUGAAACGUAGAUUUGCAUUAAAUGUUGGCAUGGUGCAGGGCGUGGUAAAUACUUACAUUUCGAGCGAUGCAUAAUUGUAUAUGAUUCUUUUUAUCCACGACUAUCUCGAUAAAUCGCAUUGGACGAUUAGAAGAAUAUUUUAUAUUGCUGCAACUAUCACAAAAUUCCUUAUUUGACGCGACAGGUACAAAAGAAGAAAAAAGGGGGAAAAAAAAGAGAACAAUUCGAUCAGCUACUGAUACGAAAAUCUGUUCAUUGUUCACGAUUUUCUACUGACUUUCAUAAUUGAUGGUAUCACGUGUUCAACGAACAUGGCCGUCGGAACGGUUCUCGAAAUAAUUUUCGCAAUUACGUGCCGCGAUUCUCUCUCGUGUGCACGUAAGAUGAUUUUACGAAAAGGAAGUAAGGGAAUCGUUUUGACGAGGAGGGAAGUGAGCGGCGCUUCCGUUUCCCAGGACGGUCGUACGAGUCUCACAAGUAACACGUGACGAAGUCGAGGGCGACCGAAAGGUUGCCAAUUUGUUUCGGAGCCAAUCAUACGAGGUUGCCUUUACUAGUAACGAGAAAUCGACAAGUUUCUCUUUCUCAUCCAUAGAAGUGAGAAAAUAGUUCUACUCGCAAACUUUCGCCCGCUAAAGAUCGGUAAAUAUUUUUCUAGAAGUAAUUUAAUGUUAACGAAAUGUUCGCUAGAAACGACCAUACAGCAGACUAUAUUGAUUUUACCAA